CUUCACCUAACGAUUGUCGAUACGCCUGGCUUUGGGUGCGCUGUCGACAACACUAACUGUUGGCAACCGAUCACUGAUUUCAUUGAGAACCGAUACGAAGAGUAUCUGAACGCCGAGACUCGUGUUCAUCGGACGCACAUUCAGGAUAAUCGGGUCCAUUGCUGCCUAUAUUUCAUACAACCUUCUGGUCAUUCACUAAAGCCUCUGGACAUUGAGUUUAUGCUUCAUUUACACGAUAAGGUGAACAUAAUUCCAGUGAUCGCCAAAGCAGACACUCUCACACCAGAGGAAUGUCUUCAGUUCAAGAAGAAUGUUAUGAACGAAAUCAGUAAACAUAAGAUCAAAGUCUACGAGUUUCCCGAAUGCGAUGAAGAAGAAGAGGGAAAGACUCAGAAACAAUUGAAGAAUCGGAUCCCAUUCGCUGUCGUCGGCAGUAAUUACAUAAUCGAAACGAGUGGAGAGCGAAAGAGAGGCCGGAAGUAUCCCUGGGGUUGUGUCGACAUCGAGAAUAUGGAUCACUGCGACUUCGUUGCCCUCAGGAAUCUACUGAUCCGCAGAUCCCACUGA